CUUAAAUUGACUUAAAACUACUCUCCUAAUCUUUGUUAAACCAAACAACCCAAAUAAUUUACUCUGAAUCUUUUUUUGCCGUCUAGAUUCGUACUCUGCAACAAGUGAACUAAACACAGAAGAAGAAGAAGAAGAAGACGAGACGACGAAUCCAGAAACAGAGAGAGAGGGAGAGAGCUUUGAAUAUCUUAUUGUACACAAUCUUCUUCGCAUGGAAGAUUUCUGUUUCUCGUCACUCUGAUAUCCAAAAAUGUCUGGAUCUGAUUUUGAUUUCGCGGCGUUUCGAGUUCAAUGCUAAAACAUCGAAGCGGUUUCGAAUCUCUGAGAAUCGAAGGAAAACGAAGCGUGUAGGUUAGGGAACUUAAGAUUACGUUGAAGAGAAGCAAGUUCUCUUAAAUCGCAACUUUGGAGAAGUUUCGUUGUUGGUUUUUGGUAAAGCGAUGGAGUCACGAAUGGAUCAGUACGAGCUUAUGGAACAGAUCGGGAGAGGAGCGUUUGGUGCUGCUAUUUUAGUUCAUCAUAAAGCUGAGAGAAAGAAGUAUGUUUUGAAGAAGAUCAGAUUAGCUAGACAAACGGAACGUUGCCGGAGAUCUGCUCAUCAAGAGAUGUCUUUGAUUGCAAGAGUUCAACAUCCUUAUAUUGUGGAGUUUAAAGAAGCUUGGGUUGAGAAAGGUUGCUAUGUUUGUAUUGUCACUGGAUACUGUGAAGGAGGAGACAUGGCUGAGUUGAUGAAAAAGUCAAAUGGUGUUUAUUUUCCUGAGGAGAAACUUUGCAAGUGGUUUACUCAAUUAUUAUUAGCUGUUGAGUAUCUGCAUUCUAACUAUGUUCUACAUCGGGAUCUAAAGUGUUCCAACAUUUUCCUUACAAAAGAUCAAGAUGUUCGCCUUGGGGACUUUGGUCUUGCCAAAACUUUGAAGGCGGAUGACCUAACUUCCUCGGUUGUUGGAACUCCAAACUACAUGUGCCCGGAACUGCUUGCUGAUAUCCCUUAUGGUUUUAAGUCAGAUAUCUGGUCCUUAGGCUGUUGUAUAUAUGAGAUGGCUGCGUAUCGACCUGCUUUCAAAGCUUUUGAUAUGGCAGGGCUUAUAAGCAAGGUUAAUCGCUCCUCAAUUGGUCCGUUGCCUCCGUGCUAUUCACCAUCUUUAAAAGCACUCAUCAAGGGAAUGUUAAGGAAGAACCCCGAGUAUCGGCCAAACGCCUCCGAGAUUUUGAAGCAUCCUUAUCUGCAGCCAUAUGUUGAGCAGUACCGUCCAACGCUUUCUGCGGCGUCUAUAACUCCAGAAAAGCCUCUCAAUUCUCGCGAGGGUCGGAGGAGUAUGGCUGAAAGUCAGAAUAGCAAUAGUUCAAGUGAAAAAGAUAACUUCUACGUGAGUGACAAAAAUAUCCGAUAUGUGGUUCCAAGUAAUGGUAAUAAAGUCACUGAGACCGAUUCAGGUUUUGUCGAUGAUGAAGACAUCUUAGACCAUGUGCAACAAUCAGCUGAAAAUGGUAAUCUCCAGAGUGUUUCAGCAACAAAACCAGAUGGCCAUGGGAUUUUAAAGCCCGUACACAGUGACCAGCGACCAGACGUUAUUCAACCAAGGCACCCAAAAACUAUCAGAAACAUCAUGAUGGUUUUGAAAGAAGAGAAAGCUCGAGAAAAUGGUUCACCCAUGAGAUCUAAUCGAAGUAGACCUUCUAGUGUUCCGACACAGAAGAAUAAUGUUGAAACUCCAUCAAAGAUUCCCAAACUUGGUGACAUUGCUCAUAGCUCCAAGACUAACGCAAGUACGCCUAUUCCACCAUCAAAGCUGGCCUCUGAUUCCGCAAGGACUCCAGGAUCAUUUCCACCAAAGCAUCAUAUGCCAGUGAUUGACUCUUCUCCAAAACUUAAGCCUAGAAACGACAGAAUUUCACCUUCUCCUGCUGCUAAACAUGAGGCUGAAGAGGCGAUGUCAGUUAAGCGUAGGCAAAGAACACCUCCUACUUUGCCAAGAAGAACGUCUUUGAUAGCGCACCAGUCGAGACAACUAGGAGCAGAUAUUUCAAAUAUGGCAGCAAAGGAAACCGCGAAGCUACAUCCAUCUGUGCCAUCAGAGUCUGAAACUAAUUCUCAUCAAUCUCGUGUUCAUGCUUCUCCUGUGAGUACGACGCCAGAGCCAAAGAGAACCUCUGUUGGAUCUGCCAAAGGAAUGCAGAGUGAAAGCAGCAACUCUAUCUCGUCGUCGUUGUCCAUGCAGGCAUUUGAGCUCUGUGAUGAUGCUUCCACCCCAUAUAUUGACAUGACAGAACAUACAACUCCUGAUGACCACAGAAGAUCCUGUCACAGUGAAUACUCAUAUUCAUUUCCAGAUAUCUCCUCAGAGAUGAUGAUCCGUAGAGAUGAACAUAGCACCAGUAUGCGGCUGACUGAAAUUCCCGACUCUGUUUCCGGUGUACAAAACACCAUUGCCCAUCAUCAGCCAGAAAGAGAGCAAGGAAGCUGUCCCACUGUGCUCAAAGAUGAUAGUCCUGCAACAUUACAGAGCUACGAGCCUAACACAUCACAACAUCAACACGGUGAUGACAAAUUCACAGUCAAAGAAUUCGUCUCCUCUGUUCCCGGACCCGCACCAUUGCCUUUGCAUGUUGAACCAUCACACCAAGUGAAUUCCCACUCGGAUAACAAAACAAGCGUAAUGUCUCAGAACUCAGCUCUUGAGAAGAACAACAGUCAUUCCCAUCCUCAUCCCGUGGUUGAUGAUGUCAUACAUGUUAUUCGCCACAGCAGUUUCCGAGUAGGGAGCGACCAGCCGGUCAUGGAAAGUGUUGAAGUCGGUGUCCAAAACGUCGAUAUGGGGAAACUCAUAAACGUUGUGAGAGAUGAAAUGGAAGUGAGAAAAGGAGCCACUCCCUCAGAAUCACCCACCACAAGAUCGAUCAUCUCAGAGCCUGACUCAAGAACCGAGCCUCGUCCUAAAGAACCAGACCCCAUCACCAAUUACUCAGAAACAAAGAGCUUUAACUCCUGCUCGGAUUCUUCACCAGCUGAGACCAGAACUAACUCAUUCGUGCCUGAAGAGGAAACAACUCCGACUCCACCUGUUAAAGAGACGUUGGACAUCAAGUCGUUCAGACAGAGAGCAGAAGCGCUUGAAGGUCUAUUGGAACUAUCUGCGGAUUUGCUGGAACAGAGCAGGCUCGAAGAGCUAGCCAUUGUGUUGCAGCCGUUUGGGAAGAACAAAGUUUCGCCUCGAGAAACCGCUAUUUGGUUGGCCAAGAGUUUGAAAGGAAUGAUGAUCGAAGACAUCAAUAAUAAUAAUAGCAGUGGCAGCUCCAGGAAUUGUUCAUGAAGGUAAAUUAUCAUACAAGCAUUUGCAACCAAACUCUCUUCUGUGUUACUUUUUUUCUCUAUAACAUUUAUAUUGUCGUAAAAUAACAAUUCUUUCAUUACAAAAAAAAAUCACAAAAGAAAUCACUCAAAAAAAGGAAAAAAACCUUCAUUUCGAAAUUUUGCAAGUACAGAUUUGUCUACAUUAUUGUAUAUAGAGACUGUGAUUAUUGGUUGGUUAUUUUUUCGUCUUCACUAACAUAUAUUUGUUGGUCUGUAGUAUAUUGAACAACUAUGUGAAUGGUGAAAGAAAAAGUGGACUGGUUCGACUUUAGUUUGGUACACAACAUACCGACCAACCCAUUCAAAGCCAUUUUUAAGAAAAUUUUCUUUGAGGAAUAUAGGUUUGUUUGUUUCUCAAUGCUACAUCCAAAAUGUAGCCUCCAGAUCUGCAUCUACAUUAUGUUUGUUUUCUAAGUUUGGUGUAAAGGUCUUGCUCGAGGAUAGUACUCAAGAGUUACAUUGGAUCAUGUGUUCCAGACUCAGCUCUUGUAUCUCACUCGGGAUAUUAGAGCCUCAUAAGAAGCCCAAGAAGAGUUUCAUGAGAAAAUCCACAAACCCAUGUAAUUAAGUUAUCUAAACAAGAGAAAUUAUAAAUAUUAUCAAAAUUUUGGCAAUUUGUGAAAUUUCACUAUUU